AUGCAUAGCAUGUCCGACCUCACCAUCGAUAUUCUUCCCGGUCGCGUCGGCAACUUGACUGCAGAGCAGCAGCACGCCUUGGACGAGUUCAAGGACCUGAUCAAGGCCGAAGGAGUCUUUGUGCCUGAACGUCACGACGACCACUACAUUCUCCGCUUCUUGCGUGCCCGCAAGUUCAGCAUCCCUAACACCCACAAGAUGUUUGUCGAUUGCGAAAACUGGCGUAAGGAGCUCCAGGUCGACACUUUGAUCGACACCUUUGUCUUUGAGGAGGAGGAUGCCGUCCGCAACUGCUACCCCCGUUACUACCACAACAUCGACAAGGCCGGUCGUCCCAUCUACAUUGAGCACGUCGGUGUGAUCGAUAUCAAGACCCUCUUCAAGGUUACUGACGAGGAGCGCAUGACAAAGCAGCACGUCCUUUCAUACGAGAAGCUGAUCCGCGACCGCAUGCCCGCCUGCUCAAAGCUCGCUGGCCGCCACAUCGAGCAGUGCUGCACCAUCCUCGACCUCAAGGGUGUCUCCCUCCGUCAGUUCGCCAACGCCUUCGGAUUCAUUAAGCGCACCUCCGCCAUUGCCCAGAACUACUACCCCGAGAUGAUGGGCAAGAUGUACGUCAUCAACGCCCCCAUGAUGUUCACAUCCGUCUGGGGCAUGGUCAAGCCUCUCCUCGACGAGGUCACCGUCAAGAAGAUUGUUAUCUUGGGCAGCAACUACCAGUCAACACUUUUGCAGGAUAUCGAUGCCGCCAACCUCCCCAAGGUCAUUGGUGGUACUUGCGAGUGCGCCGGAGGAUGCCAAACAGGCGAGCCUGGCCCAUGGAAGGAUCCCCGUUACAUGAACACCGUCGCCUAA